AGUAACAACGUGCGGUCAGUAAUAAGUUCUUCAAUUUGUGUUUUGUGUGUUCAUUCACGCAGGGGAAGAAGACAACGAAGGAAGGCGUUGAGUUCGGUGGUGUCGGAUCACGUGAUCGAACAGCUGAUGUGGAGAGCGAGCAGACGACACUCAUAAGUCGGCGGUGCUUGUGCGAGAGGCGAGGGUGUGUGUGUGUGUUGAUACCUGGCGGAGGGCUUCCCGGUCUCCUCCUCGGCCAGUGGACAGCGAGGUGGUGCUAACAUGUGAGGCAACAGCGAAAACGCGCGUCCUAGAUUCACAGGAAACCGACACAAAUCACGACAGCUGAGGACUGACAGCCAACACUUGGGCUCUUAACAUGUGACUUGGGCCUCCCGCCGCCGCCUCAUUGUUGCGUCAAGAGAAAGGCAUAAUGGGCUUGUUCAGAGGCCGCGACACCACCACUACCUCCUCCUCCAACGCCAGCACUUCCUCCACCGCCAGUAGCAGAGGCCGAGCCGCCAGCAGCAGGAGCCGGAGAGUGGGGCGGACUGAAGCUGAGGUGACGCCAUUGGAGAAUGAUCCGGCACGCCCACCACCACCACCACCGCCACCUCCCCGCCCACCACGCCCACCACCAUGCCCACCUCCUCUCCGGGCCGGACACUGGCAUUGAAUUGGAGCCGCUGGUGGAGGCAGAGCACCAGCCAGCCACUAAUGACGUGCUCCACCCCUACCCACUGCGGCAGCAGGAGGUGGCGGAGGGGCGGGGAAGGGGGGCGUGUGCGCUGCCCCACGUGGGACUCUUCAUGGCUGUCGUCUCGGUCGCUGUUCUUCUCCCUCUGCUCCCUCAUCGUGAAGAUCCUGGGCGACAUUAACCCCAUGGAGCUGGCAGUGUUCAGGUUCCUCGGAAUUCUCCUGCCGACGCUGCCUCUGUUAGUACGUCGCGCCGACCCGCCCUUCCCCAAGGGGCGACGCCUCAUGCUAAUCCUCCGCGGCGUGGUGGGUGCUGUGUCCCUCAUGCUGCAAUUCUACGCCUUCAGGCACAUGCCGCUCGCCGACGCCUCUGUCAUUAUCUUCAGCGUACCAGUGUUCGUGGCGGUGUUCGCCCGGGUGUUUCUGGGGGAGCCGUGCGGCCUCUUCCAUGGUGUAGUGAUCAUCCUCACCAUCGCCGGAGUGGUGCUCAUCGCUCGCCCUCCGCUGCUCUUCGGGUCGCUGUCUGACGCUUACACCACUGAGAACUGGUGGGGCGUGGCGGCGGCCAUUGGAGCUACGGUGAUCGCAGCCAACGUGUACGUCAUCCUACGGGUGCUGAAGGGCCUCCACUUCUCUGUGAUCAUGACCAACUUUGCGAUAGUGGCGCUGUGCCUGACGCCCGUGGUGUCGUGGAUCAGCGGCCACUUCUGUGUUCCCCGCUGCGGCUACGAGCGUUACUUGAUUUUGGCUAUUGGCGUCUUCAGCUUCGGGGGACAGAUUCUUCUGACGAAGGCGCUCCAGCUGGAGCAGGCUGGCCCCGUCUCCAUCGCGAGGACGGCGGACGUGGUGUUUGCCUUCAUCUGGCAAGCAGUCUUCUUCAAGGAGCUGCCUGACCUCCUCAGCCUGAUGGGCGCUCUGCUGGUCAUCUCGUGUGUUUUCUUGACAGGCCUCCGGAAGUGGCUGCUGUCUCUUCCUCACACGUCCGCCGUGCGACGCAGACUGCGCUGCCUCACCUGCUGACCUCCGUGUCUCGUUGCGGAACACCAGACUCGAUAUCAGAAGCCGCACACAUAGUUGACUAGUUUCCUAUGGUGUUUGCUUUCCAGAAUGGCUGUGUGUCGCCUCGUAGUAAUCAUAGUCGUUUAGGAUAGACGUAACAAGAAGUCAUUCAUUUAUUGAGUUCCCAGUAUGUAAUACCUCUCCACCUCCCCUUCCCUGAUCAUUACCUCUGCGGUAGCUUUGGAUUUCGGAGCCAGUAUUCAUCUUAGUAUUGACGCUGCGUUCCACGAGGAUACACGCACUCACACUCGCGCGCACACACACACACACACACACACACACACACACACACACACACACACACACACACACACACACACACACACACACACACACACACACACACACACACACACACACACACACACACACACACACACACACACACACACACACACACACACACACACAGCUGGUCGGCUCCUGUUGAGUAUUCGUAACAAAGUGCUGUGAAGUCUGUUACAAUAUCGUGGUCGGUAUUAGUGCGUUCUUAAGUAGGUACGUGAUGUGUGACGUGACUCCACUAGUGCUGAGUGCUUCCCGUGCUGUGUGUGGCGCGGCGGCCUCACCACCACCAUUACCAGCACCACCACCACCACCACCACUACCACCACUACCACUACCACUACCACUACCACUAUUACUACCGCCACUACCACCACCACUACCACCACCACCAAGACCAGAGCAGCGAAGGUGAGGGUGGCGACAACAAUGAAGUAAACAACGUGAUAUGAGGGAGACGGACGAUGGGGAGAAACUAUAUAAGGAA